UGAGCUCUCAUGGACUUGGGUUGACUCACGCUUGGGACCUUAACUAGCAGUCCUUUGAAACGAGUCUUUAUAGCUGAUUUAUUGUUCAUUAUAAAAUGGUCCACGGUUGGGCUCUAUAGAUUACCCUAUAUAUCGAUCGUAUUGCGGAAGCCUGUUCGGACACAAUUAGGAAGAACGGAAAUGGAGGAAGAGGAACACGAGGUUUACGGCGGAGAGAUCCCGGUCGAGGAGGGUGACAUUGACAUGUCUGCCACUGAUGACGACGCCAUCAAGGAGCUGGACGAGAUGAAGAAGAGAUUGAAGGAGAUGGAGGAGGAAGCAGCUGCUCUUCGCGAAAUGCAAGCCAAGGUAGAAAAGGAAAUGGGCGCUGUUCAAGAUCCUGCUGGUUCGGCUGUAAGUCAAGAAAGCAAAGAAGAGGCAGAUUCGCGAUCUGUAUUUGUUGGCAACGGUCAUUCAUUUUACCCGAAGUUCUCAGUAUUUGCUCUGGGAUGAUUGCAAUAUAAUUCUAUUAGGAAAAUUACUUAUUGUGUCAUUAAGAUUGUAUUCAAGCAGUAAAAGAAAGAAAAUUUAUGUGUGUUUGAAACAAAUUGAAGGAAAAAAGAUCAAAAUAAAAGAAAAGAAGUUUCUCUUCUUUACAAAAAAGAGAAAAAAGAAAAAGAAAAAGAAAGAGAAAAAGAAAUAUAUAAAAAAAAAAGAGUAUAAGAUGGAAAAGGAACCUUUGUAAUUGAUAGGGGGAAACUGAGUGACCGAAAAAAGGAAGAGGAAAAGGAAUGUGAAGAUUGGGAAAAUGAAAUUGGUGGAUUUAGUUCAUUUGAUCCAAAAAAAGUAUAUAUCAUUGUGAACUUAGGUAAGGAUGGAUGGAAAUGUGAACUAAAGAAGCUUCAACUUCAAUACAUGAGGGCAUGAUCACAUCAAUGGAGACAAAUCAUUUGCAUGCAUUGUUAGUUGCAGAGCAUUGUUACUUGCAGAGCAUUGUUGCUGCUGGGAAUGAUGGUUGAUUAUGCGUGUACACCUGAAGAAGUACAGCAGCAUUUCCAAUCUUGUGGUACUGUCAACAGGGUUACUAUUCUCACGGAUAAAUUUGGUCAUCCCAAGGGCUUUGCUUAUGUGGAGUUUGUUGAAGCCGAAGCUAUUCAGGAGGCACUUCUUUUAAACGAGACAGAGUUGCAUGGAAGACAAUUGAAGGUUCAACAAAAGCGUACAAAUGUUCCUGGGAUGAAGCAGUAUUUUCCUCAACGUUACAAUCCUUACAUGGGAUAUCGAUCCAGGAGGCCUUACGUGCCCCCUUAUUUUUACUCACCAUAUGGAGGAUAUGGGAAAACACCCCGUUUCCGAAGGCCCAUGCGAUACAUGCCAUACUACUAGGAAGGGCCUUGCCCAUAAUUCAAUUACGUUGUGAAACUAUAUGUAUGAUUUUACUGUGGUUUAGAUCCAAUAGAACUAUGGAUUUGAUUAUCUUCAGCCUUUUUGUUGCAAUUACAUCAAAUGAUCUAAUGUAUGAGAUAUGGUAAUAGUUCAUCAGGAACCUAUUUAGCAUGUUCGAUUGUUUAGGAGGUUUCUGGGAGAGAUUGAUGGUAUGCUUGCAUAUUUCUGCCUCUA